AUGCUUCAAGCAAUAGCGCAGACGACCCUCCUAGACGAUGUAUUCACCGAAGACCCAACUACUAAUUCCCUGGAGGCCUUCGUCGCCGAGCUUACCGGCAAGCCCGCUGCUCUCCUCGUCCUAUCCGGCUCCAUGGGAAACCAGGUCGCCAUACGCGCACAUCUCGGCGCGCCCCCAAAUGCCAUUCUCUGCGAUCAGCGUUGCCAUAUCAUCCAGUACGAAGCCGGAGGCGUGGCGAGCACGAGCGGAGCAUUGGUGCAGACCAUCGUGCCCGCGAACAAGAAAUACAUCACCCUGGAAGAGGUGGAGGCGAACGCUGUGUUGGGAGACAACAUCCACUCCUGCCCGACUAAGAUCAUCGAAGUGGAGAACACCCUGAACGGAACCAUCAUGCCGCUCGCGGAGCUGCGCCGGAUCAGCAAGUGGGCGCGAGAAAGAGAUAUCAUCGUGCACAUGGACGGCGCCCGGCUAUGGGAGGCGGUUGCAGCAGGAGCAGGAACGCUGAAGGAGUUCUGCGCAGAAGUCGACAGCGUAAGUCUGUGCUUCAGCAAGGGCUUGGGCGCGCCGAUCGGGAGCAUCAUCGUGGGCAGCGAGCCCUUCAUCAAGAAGGCGCGGUGGGUGCGGAAGACGCUCGGGGGUGCACUUCGCCAGGCGGGCGUUGUGGCGGCGCCCGCGAGGGUUGCGGUGGAGGAGACGUUCCUGGGCGGCAAACUCAAGCAGAGUCACGUCACGGCGAAGCGAGUGGCGAAGAUCUGGCAAGACCUAGGCGGGAAGACGCUGUAUCCGGUGGACACAAACAUGGUCUGGCUAGACUUUGCGGCGAACGGGGUCGUCGAGGAUAAGUUCGUCACGCUCGGGGAUAAGUAUGGGCUCAAGCUGAACGGAGCCCGGCUUGUGAUACACUACCAGAUCGGCGACGACGCUGUCUCGAAGCUCGAGCAGGUCUUCACAGAGGUGUUGAAGGGCAAGAAGGGAAGUUCGAAGAAGCGGAAGGCUGACGUCAGUGCAGAGGAGCUGAAACUCCAGCACGUCGAAUGA